GAAUCAUUAUACUCGUGUUAGUGUAAACAAACCCUGAAGCCCGAACGGCUAUUUAAGUGAGGAAGGAACGUGUAUUUGUAUAUAGGCAAUUUAUACGUAUACGUUGCCGUUUCGAUUGUAUGUACUAGCUUAAACUCUCCAAUAUGAUAGUCAAUGCGCGGCUAUUAAUCACCUUGAAAACACGAGGUGCAUGCAUACUGAAGUACAGAUACGAAAGCUUGUGUUACUGUAUUAUUUUGAAGUAUGUGAUGACUGCAAACCAUCAACCUCGCAAUAACAUCUGUUCUAUGUUAUCUCGUAUAACCUACACUACACAUGUACUUACAGUACUACACAUCUAGUGAAAUAACGUUUAGAACUUACAAACUGGAAACAACUGUCCAAGAGCAGUUGUAGUUACUAUGGAUGAUAAUGUGCUCACCAUCGGCUACCUACAAUGUGAGGAUUUAAAGGAAUAUCUUCCAGAACAAGUAUACUUCCUCUCUGGGGGAUACCCCGAUAUGGCACAAAGCAUGUUUGAUUACGUCACUUCGCUACCUUUGGAGACGCUGAAAACUGAAAGCCCAGGUGACGAGAAUACGAAGCUGCCGAAAAUCAAAAUUAAGUCGUUUGAUGUCAAGAAGGGAGUGUACCCUGAGAAAUUGGACAUCUACGCAGGGUUUAUCAUAUCGGGGUCACUCAGUGGUGUUUAUGACGGAGACCCCUGGAUCGAUGCAUUGUUGACAUUCGUAAAAACGCUUCAAUCGGAGAAUAGAAAAAUGGUCGGCAUUUCAUUCGGACACCAGAUAAUUGCGAAAGCUCUUGGAGGACACGUCGAGAAGAAUCCAAAAGGCAGCGAGAUUUCCAGAGUCACUGUUCCCCUAACUGACGUAGCUAAGGAGUACUUUAAGACGACGCGCGACACAUUCAGCCUCCUGUACCACCAUAACGAUGCUUUAGUGUCGUUGCCAGACGCCGCAUGUAGCAUUGGCUCCAGUCGUUCAACACAGUACCAGGGGUUCAUCUUAGGGAAGCAUAUUCUAUGUUUUUGCGGUCACCCUGACUACUCCCACCAUCCCGCUGUUCUUGAAGCAUUGUUCAAGUGGGACAGUGAGAAUCUCGUCGUGCCCCAGCAGUUGCUUGAUUUUGGACUUACAACUUUACAUCACAAAACUGAUUAUUUGUGGGUUACCGUUCAGAUUAUAAAGUUCUUCAUGAAUUGAUGUGAUACUAGAAUAUAGUAUAUAAGUUAUUAUAUAGUGGUAUAAAUCAAUUUCACUCAUUCUGGGAAGACUUUAGACAAACUAGAAUGACGAAGAAUGUUUUAUCGGACAACGAUGGCAUUCAAAAUACGUUUUGAAAAGUGCUUUAUUCACUUCCUCUUAUACCCUCUUUACCCUAUGAAGGUUCCCUCGCCUAACAUUAUGAAAAAAAGUUUUCGAUGACAUACAAGGGUCGUUCGAAAAGUUUUGCACGAAAGCUUCUCGAGAAGAGAUUUUAUCAUUUUUACAUGAAAUUUGAUAUAGAUAUAGUAUCUAUGAAUAUGAAAUUCCAAGACCAUGAGCAAAAAAUCAGGUGAUUUGUUCAAGAUGUUCGAAGAGUAUAUUUACAGUCAUUCUUUGGCAUGAUUAAAAAAAGAAG